AUGAUCCGCGGGGAGGAUGCGGAGUACUCCAGGGAGUACCACACACUCGGGAACACUGCCCGCCGGUUAUCCCUCACCAGCCUGCACAAGGCCGACAUGGAGGCCCUUACGAAGCUCCAUAAGAGUGAGGCAGAGCGACAGAGAGAAGGCCAAUACAAGAACAAAUACCCCCCUCAACAUGCAGCAACACUGGUCAACACCAACUGCUCACGACAGCAACAGCCAAACUACUGGAGCUUUAAGGCGAGGACUCCGCGUUCUGUGGGUUCGUGUUGUCUGUCUGAGCAGGCGUCUCGUGUGUCUUUUGCGUCGGCUGAGAGUUUGGAGAGGAUGUCCGACUCCGACUUCUCCCUGGGCUUUAGUCGCACCAACCGACUCCGCCAAAGUUUACCCCUGGCACGAUCGCCUAGCCAGAGCAAGCUACGGGCACCAGGUGUGUUGUUCCUGCAGUUCGGGGAUGAGACGCGGCGUGUCCACAUUACUCACGAGUUAACGAGUAUGGAGACGCUCCACGCUCUCAUCGUUCACAUGUUCCCUCAGAAGCUGACCAUGGGCGCGCUGCGUUCGCCCAGCACCGCCAUACUCAUCAAAGACGAGACGCGGAACGUCUUCUACCAGCUGGAGGACCCCCGGGACGUCAAGGACCGCUGCGUGAUCAAGAUCUACUGCAGGGAGCCCUUCAGAGAACCCGCACACUACGCGCCCCACGCGCCGCACGGACACCACAUCGCCAACGGAGACCUCAGGAGAGAGCUCGUGUACUCCUCCUCCCGUGAGUCGUCUCCCACUCGUCGUUUAAACACCCUCCCCUCCUCCUCUUCUCCGUCUGGAUCCCCCUCUCGCUCUCAUUCCCGCCUCUCCUACACGGGGGGCCGUCCCUCCUCCUAUGCCGGCCCCCCGCCUUCACAGCCGCACCCCUACCACCACACGAACCCCGCCCAUCAGCCACACCCACACUCGAUGAGCCAGCACCACCCUGGCUUCGGUCCCGCCGCCAGCGCCAUCUUAGAGCGCCGCGACGUGAAGCCCGACGAGGAGAUGACGUCGUCUUCCUCCAAAAGCGUGGUGCUGCUGAAGAACGAGGCGGUGUACGCCGACCCGUACACCCUGGUUCACGACGGGCGCCUGAGCGUGGCGUCCCCGCAGGCGAUGGCGUACCGCCGCGGCUCCGUUCGAUCCCUGGGGUCGUAUUCGGCCGCGGCCCUGCAGUGUGAGCUGGAGGGAGCCCUCUACAGGCCGGGAGGACCGUUGUACACGGAUCCGUACGCCACCAUGGGCUUCCGCAGCCUGCCCCCGCCCUCCCCGCAGAGGGUCGCCGACCCCAGAGACCCGUACGCGCCGCAGCCCGGCAGGGGGUCACCUGGGAGACAGGUGCUCAGGAAAGACGGCAUGGUGUUUGUGGAGAGUCCCAAGUCAAGGGGAAUGGUAGCAGGACCGGGGGCGGAGACAGUGUGUAUGAUGGGCGGAGCCGACGGAGGCGGGUUGUCUGGAUAUGCAUCCCCCUUACCAGGGAACGAGACGGAGACAAGGGAGCGGAUGGAGGCGAUGGAGAAACAGAUUGCCAGUCUAACGGGUUUGGUUCAAAGUGUUCUGAGCAGAGGACCAGACAGCCCUGACAAAGCUGAGACAGCCAGCGACUGCUCUGCCACAGAACACGGCCGCUUAAAAAAAAAGAAAGCCGUGACACCGUCGGCUCCUUUGGCCCUGAUGCCGCCCCCACCUACCGCCACCUCCCAGCCAAUCACAGUCUCCCGUUCGCAAAUGCAGCUUCACCUGAGUGACCUGCAGCAGAAUACCGUGGAACUGCGCAAACAGCUCAGCCAACUACGUAAACUUCAGCUACAGAAUCAGGACUCUGUUCAGGCCAUGCUCAGAAAGACUGAGUCAGAUCUGGGUGUGUGUCUGAUGGAUGCGUUGCGGACUCAGGAGGAUCCGUUGCAGCGGCAGCGCCUCCUAGUGGAAGAAGAGAGACUGCGCUACCUGAAUGAAGAGGAGCUCAUCAUACAGCAGCUACAUGAUCUAGAACACUCGGUGGAGGAGAUGAGGACUGGGGCGGGGCUUAACCACUGUCUGGUGACAGAACAGGAAGUGGAGGAGAAGAGUCAGGAGCUCAGAAGACUUGGAGAAACACUCAGUGACCUCAAAAACCAGUUUCCCACCCUGCAGAGUAAGAUGAGGGUGGUGUUGAGGGUGGAGGUGGAGGCGGUGAAGUUUCUGAAGGAGGAGCCACUCAGACUGGACGCUCUAAUCAAACGCUGCAGAACCAUCACAGAUACACUCUCACUGCUCCGGAGACAGAUCAGUGAAGGUGUGUGGAGGGGGCCAGAGGACUCUGUGUGUAAACGUGGUGACGGAGAUGUGGGCAAACGCGGGGAGACAGACAUCCUGAAGGCUGCCGACCUGGACAUGCUCAGCAGUCCUCCUCUCAGUCUGACCGACCUUGGGGCCACAUUAACGGGCGCUACCAGUGUCACAGGAACCCUGGGCACUGGCGCCAACCUCGGUGCCAGCUCCAAUCUUGGUGGAGCUACCAGUAUAGGUUCCAGUUUGGGUGCCACGACUUUAGGUGCCACUCUGGGUGGUACAAAUUUAGCGAGUGGCAUGGGGUCAAGUUCUGGUAUCGGUGGAGCUCUCGGGGGUUCCGGUUUAGGUGGCGGUGCCAGUCUUGCGAACUGGAUGAGCUGUGUGGCGUCAGAUGCCAGUGUGCCUGAGCAGGAUGCCAGUCUGCUGGGUACGCUGAGGAGUCGAGGUUUGGAGGACCUGCCCGCACGCCGAGAGCCGGAGAAAUCAAUGUCUGUGGAAGUCCGACUGGCUGCGGAGCGGGACUGGGAGGAGAAGCGCGCCAGUUUAACCCAGUUCAGCGCCCAGGACAUUAACCGCCUGUUAGAGGAGACUCAAGCGGAGCUACUCAAAGCGAUCCCUGAUCUGGACCUGGCCGCCAAACAAAUGACCAAACCGGCCGUGCCCCCCAAACCACAACUCAGCUCACUCCCAGGACACACCACACCCACAUCCUCAGGCUCCACCCCCAGCUCCACCCCUGAGCACCAACCACCCAAGCCUCCGCCCAAACCCGGCAAAGACACACCCUCACGCAGAGGUUCUGGUGAGCUCACAGUACCGAGGUAUCGGACAGAAAAACCGUCCAAGUCGCCUCCACCCCCACCACCUCGCCGCAGUUUCCCCUCCACUCACGGCAUCACCACCACCCGCACCGGAGAGGUCGUCAUCACCAGCAAGAGCAUGAAGAAGUCUGAAAAGGCAGAGAACUCAGAGGAGACUGAAAGCCAGAUGCAGACACAGACACCACCGGUCAAACUGAGGCGCCCAUCUGCCUCAGACGGGCCACGCCCAUCUUCCACCCCUCCUGUCAUCGCCGCAUCAGGGAUUAAAGAUGACGAAAACGAGGAGGAGAAGAUCAUGGCAGAGCUGGAGGUGUUUGAGAGAACUCCAGUAAGGGUGAGACUGAACCCCCUCUACAGUACCCUUCCGAACACUGGACGAAACCCCUCUUGUCUGGGGCAGUGGAGCACAGGGUCACUGGGAAGAGAGUCUGUCAGUACGCCACCCAGUUCCGGCUCUGGUUCUGGUUCUGGUAAGGUUCUGUCUUCAUCUCGUCUGAAGCAUGUUCAGCAGAGCAGCCUGGAGAGACGGAGCAGAAAACAGCGGGAAGAUUUUCCCAAGCUUCAGCAGGGGCAGCAGCAGGUAUUCCAUUUCUAA